UAUUUGGAUAACAGCUUAUUGUCUGUUGUUGUCCUGAAAGGGCUAUAUUGGAUAUGUAUUUUAUUGAAUAAUGAAAGUGCUUCACGCUUUACAAAAGAAACGGCCUAUUUUGAUGCUUUUCAUUGGAAGAGGGUAAAGUUUUUGACAACUGUCACAGAAUUCAGCACUGUUCAACAACAACACGGGCUACAGAAGUUACACGACUAUCACAAUUAUGGAUUGUACCUCUGGAGAACAGGUGUCAGAGGGUCAGGCGGAAGAGGGGAACUCAGCUGAAACACCAAUUUCUAAAAAUCAAUUAAAACGUCUGAGAAAACAAAAAAAAUGGCUGGAAUCAAAGGGCGAAAAAAGGAAGAAGGAAAAAGAAAAACGAAAAAGAAAGAUUGCUGAGGCGAGAGCGAGAGGGGAAUCACUUGGUCCAACAAGGAAAUCAUUGAAGGAAAACAGCAUGAAGAAUUCUGCUUGUAAAAUCAGGGUGGUGAUUGACUGUUCAUUUGACAAGUACAUGAAUGAUAAGGACACCAUGAAGCUUGUGAAACAAAUCCAACAUUGUUACUCUGUCAACAGACGCUCUGCUAAUCCUUUACAGUUUUAUUUGUGCUGCUCUGAUGGAAAAACCAAAGAGAGACUUGAUAGGAUUGGAGAUUAUAAAAACUGGGAUGUAAAUUUCAGAGAUGAUCCAUUAUGGGAUGUGUUUGAGCGAGAAGAAAUAGUGUACCUGACCAGUGAUUCACCUAAUGUCCUUACAGAACUGCAGCCUGACAAAGCGUACAUCGUUGGCGGUCUGGUGGACCACAAUCAUGAAAAGGGCCUGUGUCAUCGCUUAGCAGAGGAGAAGUCUGUCAGCCAUGCCCAGUUACCCAUUGGGGAUUAUGUCAAACUUAACAGCAGGAAGGUCCUCACAGUUAACCAUGUUUUUGAAAUCUUGCUUCGAUACACAGAGACAGGGAAUUGGGAAAAUGCCUUCUAUCAAGUUAUACCUCAAAGGAAGACUGUGAAACUAGAGGUAGAAAAGAACACUGAACCUUCUGACUGUAUUGAGAGUGAGGAAUCAGAGGAUAUCAUCAAGUGCGAUAAAAAUGUUCAGGAUAUUCGUGAAGAAAAUGAAGACAGUAAACCAAAAAGUGAAACCACCCUGUAAAUGAAAACAGUGGA